AUGUCCUCAACUCAUUACGACCCGGUAGACACCAGCUUCUCCAAUCUUUCGCUCACAGCCAUCCGCCUGCUUGACCAUUAUACACCCUCGUUUCUCACAUCUCAGAAAAGUCCAGAUAUGGCCAUUCCUUCAAUCACCUCCGACGGCCCAGCGCCCGGCAACAUCCUCUACUUGGCGUACGGCUCCAAUCUCGAUGCCGGCGUUUUCCAGGGCCGCCGUGGCAUCAAGCCUCUCAGCGCAACGGUGGUUACAGUUCCCAGCCUUACUCUCGUCUUUGAUCUCCCCGGCAUUGCCUAUAUUGAACCUUGCUUUGCCAAUGUUCGCACCCGAAAGGUCAACGCCCCCAGUGAGAAGCAGCCAUUGGUGGCAGAAGAAGGACUAGAAGAUAUGGAGGCUACCGUUGUUUUAUCCAAGCUCUCCGAAGGCCGUUACCGGGAUUCUGAGGAUCCCAACGACGAUGUGGAUGCACCGGCACUCAUGGGCGUUGUUUAUGAAGUGACACCAGAAGACUAUGCGACAAUAAUCGCGACUGAGGGCGGCGGCGCAUCUUACGCCGAUGUCACAGUCGACUGCAUCUCCAUCGAUGGGAAGUCAUUGAAAGCACACACGCUGCUAGCCCCAACGACCAAGACACGGCCGAACAGCGGAGCCCAAGCAUCUGCCCGUUACCUCAACAUCAUCUCGUCCGGUGCAGAGCAGCAUGGGCUGCCAGAGUCGUAUCGGAGCUGGUUGGCGCGGUUCCGGCCAUACCGCGUUACGACGCUGCGGCAGAGGGUUGGUUGCGUUCUAUUUGUUGCGAUGUGGGCCCCAGCGGUGAUGGUAACGUUCGCCGUUUCGAGGUGGUGCUCGGGAAGCCAUAAGUCGUGGGCUAUCAAGAUUAGUGAGAGUGUCUUUGGUGGAAUGUGGUCGAGCUAUGAUCGGCUCUUCAAGCCAUAUUUUGGGGACGGGGAGAGGACGGAGGGGGAGAAGGAAAAGGAAGUGGAUGAGGAGAAAACGGCGCUAAGUGAGCCCGAAAAGACGCACAGAGUCGAGGAUAUGUUCGUGACUGCUAUGGGCGGCGAGACAAAUAUGGAGAGCUCUGUGGCGAGCUUGUCAGCUAGUUGGGAUAAGCUUUAA